CGCAGAAAGAGCCUCUUUGGCUGCUGAGCCUCUGGGAUUAGCGGAGGCGGGACCUGCGGCGCCCUCUAGGCGCAAAGCGGAACUACCUGGUGAGAGCCUGAAGCUGCACUUGAGAGAAAGCCCGAGCCUGCCGCAGAGCCGUCAGUAUGCUGCGCUUCCUGGUGCCCCGGCUGCUUUGCCUCCGAGGCAGGACUGCCCCGUACUCUUCGGCAGCAGCCCUUCCAAGCCCCAUCCAGAACCCAGACAUCCGGUACCACCAGCUGUUCAUCAACAAUGAGUGGCAAGAUGCAGUCAGCAAGAAGACCUUUCCAACAGUUAACCCCAGCACGGGAGAGGUCAUUGGCCACGUGGCUGAAGGGGACAAGGCUGAUGUGGAUCGGGCCGUGAAAGCAGCCCGAAAGGCCUUCCGCCUGGGGUCUCCAUGGCGCCGGAUGGAUGCCUCCGAGCGGGGCCACCUGUUGAACCGCCUGGCCGACCUAGUGGAGCGGGAUCGGGUUUACUUGGCCUCACUGGAGACCUUGGACAAUGGGAAGCCUUUUCAAGAGUCUUAUGUCUUGGACCUGGAUGAGGUCAUCAAGGUGUACCGGUACUUUGCUGGCUGGGCUGACAAAUGGCAUGGCAAGACCAUCCCCAUGGAUGGUGAGCAUUUCUGCUUUACCCGGCACGAGCCCGUUGGUGUCUGUGGCCAGAUUAUCCCAUGGAACUUCCCCUUGGUCAUGCAGGGCUGGAAGCUUGCACCGGCCCUUGCCACUGGCAACACUGUUGUUAUGAAGGUUGCAGAGCAGACCCCCCUUUCUGCCCUGUACUUGGCCUCCCUUAUCAAGGAGGCGGGCUUCCCCCCUGGGGUGGUGAACAUCAUCACCGGCUAUGGCCCCACAGCAGGAGCGGCCAUUGCUCAGCACAUGGAUAUCGACAAAAUUACUUUCACCGGCUCCACUGAGGUGGGCCAUCUGAUCCAGAAGGCAGCCGGAGAUUCCAACCUCAAGAGAAUCACCUUAGAGCUGGGCGGGAAGAGCCCCAGCAUCGUGUUGGCUGACGCCGACAUGGACCACGCUGUGGAGCAGUGCCACGAAGCCCUCUUCUUCAACAUGGGCCAGUGCUGCUGUGCAGGGUCCCGGACCUUCGUUGAAGAAUCUAUCUAUGACGAGUUUCUUCAGAGAACAGUGGAGAAAGCUAAGCAGAGGAAAGUGGGGAACCCCUUUGAGCUGGACACCCAGCAGGGGCCCCAGGUAGACAAGGAGCAGUUUGAACGAAUCCUGGGCUAUAUCCAGCUUGGCCAGAAAGAGGGGGCAAAACUUCUCUGUGGUGGGCAGCGUUUUGGGGAGCGUGGUUUCUUCAUCAAGCCCACGGUCUUUGGUGAUGUGCAAGAUGACAUGAGGAUUGCCAAGGAGGAGAUCUUUGGGCCUGUGCAACCCCUGUUCAAGUUCAAGAAAAUCGAGGAGGUAAUUGAGAGGGCCAACAACACCAGGUAUGGCUUGGCUGCUGCUGUGUUCACCCAGGACCUGGACAAGGCCAUGUACUUCACACAGGCACUCCAAGCUGGGACGGUGUGGGUAAACACGUACAAUAUUGUCACCUGCCACACGCCCUUUGGAGGCUUUAAGGAAUCUGGCUUUGGGAGGGAGCUGGGGGAGGAUGGGCUGAAGGCCUACACGGAGGUGAAGACAGUCACCAUCAAGGUUCCACAGAAGAACUCGUAAGAACAUCCACCCACAACCUCUUACCGGUGGUCACCAAACAUUUUUUAGCCAUGGACCCCCUUUAUUUGUUCCAAAUGAACUUGUAGGACCUCAACUAAUGAAACAAAAUCAUAGUUGCUCUAGUUAAAGCAGGGAUGGGUGCUGUGCUGGGAGUCCUAGCCCUCUCUGCUCCAACCCCAGCCCCCUUGGACAUCAUGAGUUACUUCUAUGAAACCUUCAGGAUCCCUGGAAGAUAGAUUAAAAACCACUGAUCUGGACUUUUAGUUCUUCCUGCUGACCCAAUGGCUUUCUAAUGGAUUAGCCUGGUGGCUUAGUGGACGGGCUCACCUCAGACAUGGAAUUAGAAGACAUUAGGAAUUUUGAUGGAUGCCAGAUCUUGUUUCCAUUCUUCAAUGACUUAACCUAAAGAUCAAGGGUUCUUUUCCUUCUCUAAGUACCAGUUGUUGGAUAUUUUGCUUGCUUGCCCUUCAUUUUGCUACUGAUUUUCUUUAAUUUGAGGGAAGGAAUGGGCAAAGAAUGAAUUUACAUAUCCAUUCCUUUACAGUAAGCUCAAAUAACACAAAUGUCCAUCAACUGCUGAGUGAAUAAGCAAAAUGUUUCUGUGGAAUAUUCCAUAUACUUUUCAGCCAUAAAAAGGAAUGGAGUACUGACACGCUGCAACAUGGAUGGUCCUUGGAGACAUUACGCUGAACGAAAGAAGACAGACACAAAAGGCCAUGUAUUGUGUGAUUCCAUUUAUAUGAAAUAUCCAGAGCAGGCAAAUCUAUAAAGAUAGAAAGUAGUUCAGUGGUUGCCAGGGUGUAGGGGUAGAGGGAAUGGGAAUGGGUAUGGGUAGAGUAACUGUUAAUGGGUAUGGGAUUUUUUUGGGUGGGAGGUUUUAAAAUACUCUGGAAUUGGAUAGUGGUGAUAGUUCCACAACUUUAUUACAUACUAAAAAUCAGUGAAUUGUAUACCAUAUUUUGCCAUGUAUAAUGUGCACCCAUGUUUUUGUGCACAUUAUACAUGGGAUUACUAUACCCAUUAUUAUACCUAUGUUGUAUAGUCAUUGUACCCAUGUAUGAUGCACAUCCUUAUUUUUCCCUCAAAUAUUUGAGCAAAAAAUUGUGCAUUAUAUGUAGCAAAAUAUGAUAAGGUGAAUUUUAUGAAAUGUGAAUGGAUUUCAAUUAAAAAUUAAAAUAAACUCACAUUUUGU